GAUAGCGCAGAGCUGCAGCUGUUGGUGUCGAGAGAUUUAUAACGGUUAAAGAUGACGACCUCUUGGAGUGAUCGGCUCCAGGAUUAUGCAGACCUUCCAGCCAACAUGGAUGGUUUAUCCAUGAAGAAGUACAGAAGAGAGGUGCAUCACAGCUUACCACAGGAACUGGCCCACUGUCAUCCCUAUAUGAGAGUUUUUGUCAAUAGAAGUUUGGCAAUGGAGAAGAUAAAAUGCUUUGGCUUUGAUAUGGACUACACUCUAGCAGUGUAUAAGUCUCCAGAGUAUGAAUCUCUUGGCUUUGAUCUGACUGUGGAGCGACUGGUUUCCAUUGGUUACCCACAAGAGCUGUUAAAUUUUGUCUAUGACCCUGCAUUUCCCACAAGAGGCUUGGUGUUUGAUACAAUGUAUGGAAACCUGUUGAAAGUAGAUGCAUAUGGAAACAUCCUUGUGUGCGCUCAUGGUUUUAACUUCAUGCGUGGUCCAGAGAUAAGAGAGCUGUACCCAAACAAGUUCAUUCAGCGUGGAGAUACAGAGCGGUUCUACAUCCUCAACACACUCUUCAACCUCCCAGAGACAUACCUCUUUGCCUGCCUGGUUGACUUCUUCACUAGUUGCUCCAGAUAUACAAGUUGUGAGAUGGGCUUUAAAGAUGGAGAUCUUUUCAUGUCCUACAAGAGCAUGUUUCAGGAUGUCAGAGAUGCUGUGGAUUGGGUCCAUUUCAAGGGCUCACUAAAGGUGAAAACGGUUGAAAACCUGGAGAAAUAUGUUGUAAAGGAUGCCAAAUUGCCAUUGCUUCUAAGCCGAAUGAAUGAAGUUUCCAAAGUGUUCCUUGUUACCAACAGUGACUACAAGUACACAGAUAAAAUCAUGACAUACUUGUUUGAUUUUCCACAUGGUCCAAAAGCAGGUACACCCCAUCAGCCCUGGCAGUCCUACUUUGACCUUAUUCUGGUGGAUGCCAGGAAGCCAGUGUUUUUUGGAGAGGGCACAGUGCUCAGACAGGUGGACACGACCACUGGGAGAUUGAAGAUCGGGACAUACACUGGUCCUUUGCAGCAUGGCAUUGUGUAUUCUGGUGGUUCCUCAGAUAUAGUUUGUGACCUAUUGGGAGCAAAAGGAAAAGAAAUCUUGUACAUCGGUGACCACAUUUUCGGAGACAUCCUGAAGUCUAAGAAGCGCCAGGGCUGGAGAACGUUCCUGGUCAUUCCUGAGCUGGCUCAGGAGCUGCACGUGUGGACCGACAAGAGCUCACUGUUUGAGGAACUACAGAGUCUGGACAUUUUCCUGGCAGAGCUCUACAAGCAUUUGGACAGCAGUAGUAAUGAGAGACCUGACAUCAGCUCUCUUCAGAGGAGGAUUAAGAAAGUGACCCAUGACAUGGACAUGUGCUAUGGGAUGAUGGGAAGUCUUUUCCGCAGUGGCUCUCGUCAGACUCUGUUCGCAUCUCAAGUGAUGCGUUACGCUGACCUGUACGCUGCGUCCUUCAUCAAUCUCCUGUACUACCCCUUCAGCUAUCUGUUCAGAGCUGCCCACGUCCUGAUGCCUCACGAGUCGACCGUGGAGCAUGCUCACGUGGACAUUAACGACACGGAGUCGCCCAUGGCCACGCGCAACCGCCACUCCAUCGACUUCAGAGACCUCGAGUGCAAGAGACACCAGCUGACCCGUUCCAUAAGCGAGAUCAACCCUCCACACCUCUUCCCUCAGACGCCACAGGAGAUCACACACUGUCACGAUGAGGAUGAUGAUGAGGAAGAGGAGGAAGAAUAAGCCUGUGACAUUGCGUAGAAAUGUGUCUAUGGUUUAAACAAGUGUGAGCAUUGCAUUCACACUCAGCCAUAUAUAUUGUAGAUAUAUAAGAGAGGAGGAUAAUUUCUCACGAAACGUAUUACUUUUUUAGAGUUAAAGGUUUGAUGAGAGUCUGAAGCUAAAACUGGGUUUUGAUACUGUAGUUCUAGCUUCUUAUUUUUGAAUGAGAUUUACAGAUGGCCUCAUUUUAAAAUGCAUUGAAAAAAAUUCAAACGGUAACAGGAAGAACAGAUUCCUGUUUAAACUGAAUUACAGAAUCAGUUAAAAUUAUAUUUGCAUGAUAUUGAGGGAACGUUACAAGGUACGUCACUGAUUUAAGCUUGAUAAAAUAGCAUGGAUAUUUCAUGACGUAUUGUAGACUGCCUUCAAACUUUGGAGAUGAGCCAUGUAGCAUGCUGGGAAAUGCCACGCCAACAAUACACCUUGCUCAGUAUCUGUCUUACUGCCUCUUCAAGCACUCUAACAUUGCCAUCUUCAUUUCAAAACUGGUAGUAUGCAAAUUGCUGUCAUAUUAUUCGGUGAAAAAUGGAACACAUGCAACCGUUGCCAAUUUAUGCAGAGUGAGAUACAGGAACUGAAGUGUUAUAACUGGAAGAUGCAGACAACACUGAAACACUGACUAAUGCACUUUCCAUGAUCACUGUGUUAUCAUUAAACCUUGAAUCUAGAGCUUAGAUUCGUUAUUUACUAUUUUUAUAUCCACUGAUACAGUUAAUUCAACCAGAUAUAUUUAAAACAUUUUGCUUGAUAUUAGUGUAACGGUUAGCUUUUUGACAGUUGGCAGUGAUUUAAGAUUGUGAGUUGGUCUGAAUGCAUGGCACAAAGACUUGCGGGUGGCAUUGGACCAAAAGGGGGCUCAUCCAUGGGUCACACUCUGACAUAAUGAACAUUUGUAACCCAUACAGUAACAGUCUAGAUGGUGUUCUGAUCAACAUCAGAAGUGGUUUUGUCUUUUGUUAUUUUUAUUUUUUUUUUAUCAAAAAGGGAAUUUAUGAUGUGUCCGUGUUGCUUUUGGAAUACUUUAACAUGUGCACUCCUAUAUUUACAACUGUAUUGGUUUAUUUUGAACAGUACUGUUGAAUUUGGACUGAAAGGUGAGGGCCAUCAUGCCAAUGUAAUAUGUGAAUGGAUGCUUUAACCAGUGUCUUUCAUUUAAAUUCUCAGUAGCUCUUGAAGAUUAUUGAUUCUGUGACUGUAUUGUGUAAUAGUGACAUUUGAGUUCGCUUUAAUCUAAUCAAACACCCCUCUGUUUAUUUUUAGGCAUUUCUAUUCAGGUUAAAUCUACUGUAAAGUGGGGGUGGGAUUUUUGAUUCAUCUGUGCCUUUUAUCGUUUCAAAUUUCUUGAUUUGUUUGAUUUUGUUUGUGCCCACGGCCUGUGAAUCCCUGUUUUCAAAAUAGUUUUCUUUUAAUAUUGUGUCAUGUUUUUGCAGGAUUUUUAUGUUCGUUUAGUUUGCUAUUAUUUACUACAAAGCGAACUUUGUACUUCUAGAACUUUGUUGAUAUUAAUGUAGUUUAAAUAUAGAAAUACAUCAAAACCCUUUUAACUCAGAUGUGUUAAAUUUUUAAUGUUAUGUUUUACAUUGUUUGCCACACACAGGAUUGGUUUUCAGUGCGUUGGCUUGUUGCAUAUGAA